GAAGGCACUGUUUGUUGAAAUAUGGGUGGUAUUACCCUCCAGUUCAUUCCUUUAAGUCAAAGUUGUUUAAAGACUUCCUCCAGCUACAUCAUCGGCCUCGAACCUUGCUUGAGGAACAAUAUAGAAGCAAUAUAGAACAAAAUACGUUUUGUUAAGUAAAUCAGGUGACAAAUCAGGUGAAAAGGAGACUGGAGUGCCACUUUAACAAAAAAAAGUGGAACAGCUUAUGUUAUCCCUGCCAUUCAAUGCCCUUCAACAUAAAAAAAGGUGCUUAACCUGUUCUAUAGUGUGUUUGUUGUUCUAUAGAUAUAUGGUGCUUUUCUUACCUUAUACAUGAGCUUUGGUCACACCCAUAUUUACAUGGUCCACUGGCACUGUGUAGUUCUACAUUUUUGCUUGUGAAACAGUAAAAGGCACAGAUUCUACUGGAUUUGGGAUACAGUCGUGCAUUACUUCAAACACUCAAAGUUUGAUUUAAUAGAAUUGCAAACUUUGGGAGGAACAAUGCGUUUUUUUACAAAAAUCCGUCCUUCCAUCACUCUGCCACUUGUUGGAAUCCUACUUUUGGGAGUCCUGGUUUUAACAUAUUGUUACUCAUCAUUUGGUGUGAUGAAAAAUAUGGAUGUCAGAAUUGUAGAAGUUUUGGGGUUGUGUCAGCAGGACCCUGUCAAUUUCAGGCGGGAAAACUGUAGUUGUAGGACCCGGGACAUGCUGUCCCCACAGGGACUCCUGUAUAAGCAGCCCAGUGUGUUAAUGGGGCGCACCAAUGUGGUAACUGUCACCCCUUGGUUGGCACCAAUUGUCUGGGAAGGCACCUUUAAUCCCUUGAUUGUUGACAGCAUUUACAAGCCUAUGCACCUAAGCAUUGCCACAACCGUCUUUGCUGUUGGCAAGUAUGUGCGCUUCCUGCGUGACUUCCUAGAGACUGCCGAGAAGCAUUUCAUGGUGGACUUCAAAGUGCGCUACUACAUCUUCACUGACCGGAGGGAAGACGUGCCAGCGGUGGUCCUCGCUCCCGGUAGAAAUGUAACCAUCAUCCCAGUCCCUGGCUCCAACCGCUGGCAGGAGAUCUCCUCCAGGAGGAUGGAGAUGAUCCAGACCACCAUCGAGAACCAGAUAGGCAAGGAGGCGGACUACAUCUUCUGCUUGGAUGUGGACACGAAGUUCCACGGACGGUGGGGGGCAGAAACAUUGAGCAGGCUGGUGGCCACUAUUCACCCAGGUUACUAUGAGCAGACCCACGAGCACUACCCUUACGAACGCCGUCCUGCCUCGCGGGCCUACAUCCCCGCGGGGGAAGGAGACUACUACUAUGGAGGCGCCACCAUCGCUGGCUAUGUUAGGGACGUGCACAAGCUGGCAAAGUACUGCCGUGAGCAGCUUGAGGCCGAUGCCGCCAACUCCAUCGAGGCGGCAUGGCAGGAGGAAAGCCACCUGAACAGAUAUCUCCUUUACAACAAGCCCACUAAGAUUCUGUCUCCGGAAUACCUGUGGCAGGACUUCAAGGCCAAGAACAACGAGGUGCAAAUAAUCCGCUUCUCUCAGGUCAACAAGAACUAUGCAGAGGUUCGGCCCAACGUGAAGAAAAGAAAGUAAUGCUGUGGCCAUUGUUGCACCAAGAUUCAGGAUCUAGGCCAGGGAGGAGGAUGCUGCUGUUUGUAUACAUUGAAGGUGGCUGGAUCAGUAAACAAGCUUAUGUUCCGUUUUUCUCUCAAUUCGUUUAUAUCCUUUACUGCUAAAGAUGUAUUAUAGACAUGAAGGGCUGUUUCCAUGUAGAAAUGUUUGUCAUAGGAGCAGAAGUGUGGAUAGAGGGUGAGUUUGUGAAAUGAAUGUGCAAUUAAUACUGAUAAUACAUGAUAUUUGUGUUAUUUGUGUCAUUCUUUGUAAUAUAUGGUGGAUAUAUAUAUUAUUAAAGGGGGAAUAUGUGAUUGGUA